AUGUUUCUGGCGGCCGUUGCUCGCCCACGUUACGACCCCCACAAGAAGCAAAUGUUCGACUGCAAGAUCGUCAUUUGGCCGUUCGUCGAGGAAGAGGCUGCGGUUCGUUCAAGCAAGAAUCGUCCCAAAGGCACGCUCGAGCUGACGUUCCAGAGCGUCAACGCUGACGUGUAUCAAGACAUGGUCAUGGACGAGGUCGUGCCAGCGAUCCAAGUCAAGAUGCCAAGGGGUGUGGUUGUCAAGUUGCAGCAAGAUAACGCAAGCCCCCACAGGUGUAUGACGACCGAGCUCAUUGCUCGUCAUGGCGUUGACAGUAUCGAAGUUGCCAACCAGCCACCAAAUAGCCCUGACUUCAACGUCCUAGACUUAGGAUUCUUUAAUUCUAUUCAAAGUCUGCAGCAGCAAAAGGUCGCUCGGUCAAUUGGCGAGCUGAUUGCUGCUGUGGAAGAGGCAAAAUACCUGCAGAGUUGGCACUUUCCGAGCCAAAACGAUCGACUCGUGCACUGAUACAGUAUAUACUUUAGCUCAGUUAUUAACUUUCGACAGUUCAUCCAGCGCUAGGACGUCAAGGCAGCAGUUGCAUGGUUGAGCCAGGAACCGGGGUAAAGUACUUGUUCUUAUCUCGAGGGGUCAGCCAGUUCGGGUCGCAGUACGAAGUGCACGUAUGGUGCGCGAAGAAUGUGCUUAUACCGAGGUCGCCGAGAUCCGUGGGGCCGUACUUCCGCGACGGCGACAUGAUCACCGGGUCCGUCAGCACUACGCCGCGCGAGUACACGCCGCCUUGGAGGUCACAGAGAAGCACACAGCGGUGGCUCAUAUGGUAGCUAAAGUGACUUAGGGAUUGAAGCCACUUGCAGUGGUUACGGCUGUUAUUAGUCCAUCCCGUGUUCGAGUUGAACUUGGCAAUGUUGGCAAUGUACGGCUCCACUAGCGCCAGUUCCCCUGGCGGACGGCCAAACCCGGCUUGCACUGUCCAUAGAGAUGGCACGUUCACCCAGACCUGGCCGCGGCCUUGAUUGAUGUCGGCGGUGUUGAACUCGUCCACGAUCGCCAGCGCGCGACCGACCACCUGCGCUUCAUGCGCGAAGUACCGCUCUUGGAAUACACACCCCGAUCGAAAUAGCUUGAGAACGCACGGCUUACCUUGGCGGUCCCCGUCCGCGUACUUGCCGCGGUACACGGUCUUGAACGAGCCGGAGGCAAACGGUUGCGUCAUGUCCAUGUGCGCCCAAGUCGACUCGUUAUUCGUGCGGCCACAAAGCGGGAGCAUCACAAUGAGAAUCGCACUCUAAUCGACGUGUGUUUCUAACGGGCACGUGUGGCAGCGAUUGCCACCGACGACUCGUCCCAGGGACAACGUGAGGAUGUCGUCAGAGGAGUUUGUCGACUCAUCGAGACGCUGGGUGGUGCAGCAACCUGAGGGGUGAUGACUAGGAAGGCAACCUAUCGACACACACGCACGUCCAGGAGUAGAUCACAUUGCACGUGCAUGUCGGCAGUGAUCAUGCAGAAGCACUAACUAGAGGUACUGCAUGAACGAACCCUUUGACAACAAGGCGGCGUGUCGACGCACAGUCAAA